GGCCACCGAAGAGACCAGCGCAAUCACUGUGCAGUUUGAUACAGUAGACUACGCUCACAAACACUCCUUUCUCUCACCCAUUUCAUAGUUUCACCUGGGUUGCAGGCAAGCCAUUUGGAUCGUUUGCCUUUUUCUGUUGCUGAGCCGAGCCUGGCAGUUCGAGCUUUUAUGGGGUGGGCAUCUCUAAUGUGAUUUUUUUUUUUAGCUGGUGGAGGCCCUCUUUCUUUGCAAAGUUUUUUGCUCUGGAAAGGUUGAGGUUUUCUCUCUGGAUCAUCGAUGGAGGAGGAAAAGAAUGCUUUUUAUGUUGUGCGCAAAGGGGAUGUUGUUGGUGUUUACAAGAGUUUAUCCGAUUGCCAAGCUCAAGCUGGAUCAUCUGUAUCUGAUCCGCCGGUCAGUGUUUUCAAAGGGUAUUGUUUGACAAAGGAGGCUGAAGAGUUCCUGAUGUCCUGUGGUCUUAAAAAUGCUUCUUAUACUGUCGAUGCUGCAGAUUUGAAGAAUAAUAUUUUCGGUCAUCUUGUGCAGUGCCCUGCUCAGCCACCAGCUUCAUCUAGAGCGUCUACUGUCAACAAGGAGUAUCCGCAACAGAGUCCGCAGGCAUUGCUCAAAUCAGGUUUAACUGCAGCUGGGUUUACAAUUUCCCCUAGUUCCUUGAGAAAGAACUUUGGCUUACAGAAUGUUAUUGCUAGUCCAGCAGUAUCCUCCAAUCGUUUGUUAUGUAUGAUCGAAUUUGAUGGUGCUUCAAAAGGAAAUCCUGGACAAGCUGGUGCAGGAGCUGUUCUGCGCGCUGAAGACGGAAGUGUGGUUUGUCGGUUACGUGAAGGUGUAGGCAUUGCCACAAACAAUGUUGCCGAAUAUCGAGCCGCAAUUUUGGGGUUGAGAUAUGCUCUGCAGAAAGGUUUUAACCAUGUUCGAGUUCGGGGAGACUCAAAACUCGUCUGUAUGCAGAUUCAGGGUCUAUGGAAGACAAAAAAUCAGAAUAUGGCAGACUUGUGUAAGGUGGCUAAGGAACUCACGGAUCAAUUUUCAUCGUUUGAGAUCAGUCAUAUCGCCAGGGAACUCAAUUCUGAAGCUGAUUCCCAAGCUAAUCUGGCCGUACAUCUAAGGGAGGGUCAAGUUGAGGUGGAUCAUAUCUAGAGCAAGCUCGGAGGCCUUAGCUGCUCAUUCUGAUUGGUUCUUGCAAUCAUGUGUUAUAUGACACUGUGGUUGGUCUAGCCGCUGGACCAACUAUGUAAGAGUAAAAUCAUAUGACUUGUAGGUAACAAUCUGGAUGCUGUAGGACUAAUUAUAUAGUGAAAGUAUCUAUCUUGCAUGGUAUCAAGCAGUUCUACAUCAGUUAAGAUCGGCAAUUAUAUGGAGUUGUCAUGCCAGUGCAUGAGAAACUGUGUCUUCGUGCUUGGUGCAUCCUUAAGACCAAUUGGGGUUGUGCUUGAUUAAUUCCCGGUGUGCUGCUGAGUAGGUUGAUUUGCCAUCUUGCUGGACAUUACCUCUUCUAAGGGCCACGAGCUGUUGUGCAUCACUCUCGCUUUGGACUGGACCUAUCGCUCGCGAUGUGCUGGCCUUCUCUUUGAUGUACGAUUGUCUAGGUAGGCAUAGCUAUCUGGGGAUGUAGCAACCAGUUCUCAUUCAUGGUACCUCAAAAAGGUUAUUCCUAAGGGUAUCUUGUCGGCGUCAUUGUUUAUUACAUCCUUGCAUGUUCCCACAUGUUUGUCGUAAACGGCGCGAGCUCACGCGAUUCCCAA